AUGGUUAAAAGAGCAGGUGUUUUAGGAGCCACUGGGUCGGUUGGCCAGAGGUUUAUUCUCUUGUUGUCAAAACACCCGGAAUUUGAGAUUCACGCCUUGGGUGCUUCAGCUAGAUCAGCUGGCAAGCCAUACAAAGAUGCAGUCAGUUGGAAACAAACGGAUAUCUUGCCCGCCUCGGCACAAGGUGUCGUGGUGCAAGAAUGUAAACCUGAAGGUGCAUUUACUGAAUGUGAUAUUGUGUUUUCAGGCUUGGACUCUGAUGUCGCCGGAGAUAUCGAAAAGGCAUUUGUCGACGCAGGAUUAGCUGUCAUUUCCAAUGCCAAAAACUAUAGAAGGGAAAAAGAUGUUCCAUUGGUUGUGACUAUAAUAAAUCCGGAACAUCUUGAUAUUGUAGAAAACAAAGUGAAAGCAGCAAGGGCCAAAGGUGAGGAGAAGAAAAAGACUGGGUUUUUGAUUUGUAUUUCAAAUUGUUCGACCGCUGGUCUUGUUGCCCCUUUAAAACCAUUGGUUGACAAGUUUGGUCCAAUAGAUGCUUUGACUGCGACUACAUUGCAGGCAAUCUCGGGCGCUGGAUUUUCUCCAGGUGUUUCCGGUAUGGACAUUUUGGACAAUAUUGUUCCCUACAUUAGUGGAGAAGAAGAUAAAUUGGAAUGGGAAACAAAAAAAAUCCUUGGAACUUUGAACAAGGAGGGCACCGAGGUGGUCAAUAUCCCAGAAGACGAAAUGAAAGUUAGUGCACAAUGUAACCGUGUCCCAGUCAUUGAUGGGCAUACCGAAUGUAUCUCAUUGAGAUUUGCCCAGAGACCUCCACCUUCAGUUGAAGAGGUGAAAAAGACAUUAAGAGAAUAUGUUUGUGAAGCUUCAAAACUUGGAUGUCAUUCUGCACCAAAACAAACCAUCAAUGUUUUGGAACAAGAAGAUAGACCACAACCAAGAUUGGACAGGGAAAGAGAUAAUGGAUAUAGUGUAUCUGUUGGUAGAAUCAGAGAAGAUUCGUUGUUGGAUUUCAAAAUGGUUGUGUUAUCGCACAACACAAUCAUUGGUGCUGCUGGUUCAGGUAUCUUGAUUGCUGAGAUCUUAAACGCCAGAGGCUUAAUUUAG